AGAAGUGAACACCGGAAAUUACGCAAAAGGCGCGAAAGAAAUCAACAAAGCGUACAAUUCAACGACGCCGACCUACUUCCAUUGGAUUCUGAAGAUGUUCUGAUGAAUGCGGGUGUCGCCAUGGAGACUGUGGACCGCUCGGUCGUGUCCGUGUGAAAACUACGUUUGAAUGUUCACGAUCAAACAGAGGAGCUGGUUUCCUUCAUCGUUGUGUAGGUGGACUCGUCAGGGACCUGGGUCAGGACAAUGUCCACCAUGUCCACGGGAGACAAGGAAGGCUUCAUCGUGAAGUUUGUCCAAAGUGAAGGACUGAGACCAGAGACUGCUGUCAAGGCGUAUGAGGCCAUUUUGGAGCUUCAGUCCGACAAGUACCUGAGGACGGUGGAGGACGAGGCCGUGUUACAGAUGAAGCAGAAGGACAAGUCUCUGUUUGUGUUCAGCACCUUCAGCUCUCCAGCCUUUCUGCACUGCAAGAAGCUCGGCUGCCGGGUGGUGAGUCCGCUGGUGGUACUGUACUGCCUGCAGCAGCAGCGCUGUGUCCCCAAGGCAGAGCGGCCGGUCUACAACAUGGCCAUGGCCGACGUCACCGUGUCCUGCACCAGCCUGGAUAAAGCAACACGGGCGGAGGUGAUGGAUCUGGUGCAGCUCAUGGGUGGACGGGUCUAUCUUGACCUGAAUGUGUCUGUCACACACCUGAUAGCCGGAGAGGUGGGCAGCAAGAAAUACCUGGUGGCUGCUAGCCUGGGGAAACCCAUCCUGCUGCCCACAUGGGUCAGAGCCUGCUGGGAAAGAUCUCAGGACAGCCUUUUCAGGUACACAGAUUUACCCGUGGACGACUAUGCGUGCGCUGUGCUGCGCGGCUGCACCGUGUGUGUGACGGGCCUCUCCAGCACAGAGCGUAAAGAAGUGCAGCGGCUCUGUGAGCAGCACGGAGCCAACUACACUGGUCAGCUCAAGAUGAACGAGUGUACACACCUCAUCGUCAGUGAACCCGCAGGUCAGAAGUACGAGUGUGCUCGGAAGUGGAAUGUGUAUUGUGUGUCUCUGCACUGGCUGUUUGACAGCAUCGAGAAGGGCUUUUGUCAGGACGAGAGCAGGUACACUGUGGAGCGCAAUGCGUCCAAGACCACUCGACCACACACUUCUACCCCUACAGGCACCAGCAAGAAGGAGGACGGUCCAUCUCUGUUGGGUUUGAGCCACAUCUCUGUAAACGCGAGCAUGACGGUACAUGACACGGCCCUCGGCAGCAGCACCGUCAGCCACCUGGAGACCCCGGACCCCAUAGAUGGCCUGGACCUCACCAUCUGUCCAGUUGAUGAUCUACUGGAUGGCUGUAAGCUGUAUCUGUGUGGCCUGCCAGGGAAGAAAGUGGAGAAGCUGCGGCGCCUUGUGAACGCUGCAGGUGGUCUGCGCUUCAACCAGCCCAGUGAGGAGCUCACUCAUGUGGUCAUGGGAGAGCUGGAUCAGGACGUCAGAAACUUUCUCUCGAGUGUGACUCACAGGCCCCAUGUGGUAACGGUGCCGUGGCUGCUGGACACAUUCACCAAAGGCAGUUUACUGGCAGAGUCGGGCUACCUCCACCCCGACUGUCUGCCCCCUGCUGUGGCAAGCCGCCCCACCCCCAGCUCCCGGCCAUCGGUUGGCCCCUCCGCGGCCAGUCCCAGCACUCCGGGGCGAGCGGAGGAGGAUCUGCUAUCACAGUACAUGGAUGAUGACCCAACCGUAGUUGACAUGCCCUUACCAGAACUGGAGAGUAACAGCAGGAAGUCCAUGAGUACACUGGCAGAGCCUCAGCCUGAACCCUGGAGACCAAACCAGAGCAGAGGACGAGAGUCCGACUUCACCCUCCAGGAGGCCAGCGAGGCAGGACUGUUCGUCGGGAAAUGUUUCCUUCUUGUGGGCUUUGGCAAUGAGGCAGAAGCCCAGCUCGCUCUGCUGGUGACGGAACAUGGAGGCAGGGUGCUGAUGGGUCGCACACGGGUUGUGGCUGAUUAUGCAGUGGUGCCGCUGUUGGGCUGUUCAGUGGAGGCCACAGUGGACGAGGUGGUCACUGAUACCUGGCUGGCCAUGUGUGUGGAGAAAGAGUGUGUUCUGCAGCUGUCCUCCAACCCUUUAUUCACUCCUGUUCCUGCGAUGGACGGACUUCUACCUCUCAAGGGUUGUGUUCUCUCCGUCAGCCAGUUCACUGGAGCAGAGAGAGAGUCGCUGGUGGAGCUGGCUAAGCACCUUGGAGCCAAUGUGCAGGAUUACUUUGUGCGCCUGGCGAACCAGAAGAAAGGCAUGCUGGCCAGCACUCAUCUGGUGCUGCUGAGCCCUGAAGGCACAAAGUACCAUGCAGCAAAGAAGUGGAGGCUUCCUGCAGUCACCUCUCACUGGAUACUAGAGUCUGCUCGGACUGGCCAUAGAGAAGAGGAAGAGAGGUUCCUCGUGGACCUGCCACACUCACCAGAGAGGGAUGAAGAGAGUUAUGUCGGUGCUUCUCAGAAGCCUCCAGCUCGUUCCUCUCCAGAGAUCCCUUUGCUGGGUUUCCAGAGUGGUAAGGCAGUUACCCCGCUAGAUUUAGGUCGCUUUCAGAGCAAAGUGUUCCACUCCGUUUUGGACGAGAUGAAGCCCAAAGAUAACAACUGCACCCCGAAACAAAACCCAAGCGGCAGGAGGAACCCUCUUCAAAAGGAGCCCUCUCUGCAGCUGGACACUCCUUCUCGUUUCCUCAGCAGAGACCAGCUCUUCCGGCCCUCUUUUAAUGUCAAGGAUGCACUUGGAGCUUUGGAGACUCCAGGUGGGGGAUCCAAGCCAGGAGAAAGGAUAGAGACUCCACUGACGGAUGUCAUCAACCGGAACCUGAAGGUGGCUCUAGCUAAUAGCACUCGCAGCAAAGUCUCGGACAUGCAAGCCGUCUCAGCUAGCCCGCAGUUUACCAAGACUACAGAGAAGGAGGGUCCAGAAAAGGAGAGCGGCCCCCUGGCUGGUGUUGUGAUCUGUGUGGGAAAGAAGCUGAGCAAAAUGCAAAGUGAACUAAACGCCAUCGCUGCCUCACUUGGAGCCGACUUCAGGUGGGCUUGUGACGAUACAGUGACACACUACAUCUACCAGGGCCGAGUGGGAGACAACACCCGGGAAUACAGAGGAGUGAAGGAGAGAGGACUUCAUGUGGUCUCCCACCACUGGCUACAGGCCUGUGCUGAGGAGGAGAGGCGUGUCCCAGAGUCUCUGUACCCCUUCACCUACAACCCCAAGAUGAGCCUGACCCUGAGUCAGGUGCCCAGCAGCUAUCAGAGGUCUCCACCCGUCUCCACUCGCUCACAACUCCGACCGGUCGCUGACACCGAUGACAACAAAUCUGUGCACAGUGCCACAACGCUACAUGGAAAUGAAGAUCAUGAAGAGAUGAAUGAUACAACAGAAAGGAGCAAUAUUUCAGAGACUCUGGAAAUGAGGGAGAACCUUCACAAACAGCUCCAGGAGAUCAUGUCAGCCACCAAGCUGACGACAGGGAGGCGGACCUCAGUCAGACCUACCAGGAAGGGGUCAGGGGCCGCUGAUUCGAGGCCCCACACACCUGACAGCUGCCGAGUGGGACGUAGUGGCAACAGGCGUACUCUAGAAGCCCUGAGGGUUCCCAGAGAAACAGCCAUGGACCUGAACACAGAACCAUCCCAGAGUGAGCAGAUAGUCUGGGAUGACCCUACAGCCAGAGAGGAGAGGGCUAAGCUGGCUGACAAUCUCCAGUGGCCUGGUAGUCCCUCACAGCAGUCGGAGACCCUCCCACCUCCUCCUCCUCCCACUGUAGAGAACGGCCCCCAUGACUCCAUGACAGACUCUGAGCUUGUGGAGAUGGCUGCUUGUGAUGUCAUUGACCAGCAUAUGGGCCAGAAAGUCAUGACACCUCCCUCCAUCCUUACUCCUAGAGCCCCCAGCCUAGCCUUCCCUAUCGCAAACCCCCCGGUUGCACCAGAGCCACGGGAGGAGCAAGAGGAAGAAAAGCAGCCACCCAGAUUUCAGCUCUCCUCCCUCACCCCUCAAGAGCGCAUUGAUUACAGUCAACUCAUAGAGGAGCUUGGGGGCGUUGUCCUGGACAAGCAGUCUUUUGACCCCAGCUGCUCCCACAUCAUCGUAGGAACUCCUCUGCGCAAUGAGAAAUACCUGGCAGCAAUGGCAGCUGGCAAAUGGAUCCUGCACCGCUCGUAUCUGGAGGCCUGUCGAUCUGUGGCUCGCUUCAUCCAGGAGGAAGAGUAUGAGUGGGGCAGUAGAUCUAUCCUGGAUGCUUUGCCCUCCAUCAACUCCCAGCAGAGGAGACUGGCCUUAGCUGCCAUGCGCUGGAGGAAAGCCCUGCAGGGACACUCUGAAAAAGGGGGGGCCUUCAGCGGAUGGACAGUCAUGUUGAACAUCGACCAGAACAGAGAAUCAGGCUUCAGGCGGUUACUGCAGUCUGGCGGAGCAAAGGUGCUCCCCAGUCCCUCCCCAUCCUUGUACCAAGAGGCCACUCACCUGUUUGCCGACUUCAGUCGGCUGAAGCCCGGAGACUUCAGAGUGGACGUGUCUGAAGCUUCCUGCGAGGGCGUCACAUGCUUGAAGCCAGAGUACAUCGCAGACUACCUCAUGCAGGAGCCGACUCCACCCAUGGAGCCGUACCACUUGACUGCACCCCGUGAGGAAACUCCAGACACCCCGUCACGUAAACGCAAAGCAGCCACCGACACCUCCAGGCUGAAAAAGAGCCGUCUAAACUGAAGUGUAACUGUAAAUAUUGUCGUCGUAAUCCUCUGUGAACUUCGUUUUUAAAUAUGAUGUAUUCAAAUAAAAGAGACGUAGCACUGGU